UUUUAUAAUUCGAAAAAUAAAAAAAUGUACGGCCGGCUAGCAGCAAAUUUUUUGCUUAGGAAUAUAGCAAAAAAUCAAAGAAAUUUGAGAUAUUUGUCUGUAAUAAAAUGCUGCAGUUUACCCCGGACCAUUGUUGCAACAAAUUAUACAGCACCACAACGUAAAUACUCAUCCACAAAACAGCCCACAGAGCAUGUAGUCGAUUCUAUACUCGAUCAUGCAACAUAUGAACGGGUAUGUGCCGAGACCUUAGAUGGGCUAAAUGACUACUUUGAGCAAUUGAUGGAAAGCAUUGACAAUAUACCAGGCAGUGAUUUGGCUUAUAGUGAUGGUGUCUUGACUGUUAACUUGGGCGAACAUGGCACCUAUGUUAUAAAUCGCCAAACACCUAACCGUCAAAUAUGGUUAAGCUCACCUACCAGUGGUCCUAAGCGUUAUGAUUUUGUGGGCGAAUCAUCAGGUGCAACUGGCAAAUGGAUCUAUCGUCAUAAUAGUCAGUCAUUACAUGAACUUUUGCAGCUAGAAUUACAAAAAGUUUUCGAAACCCAAAAACUAGAAUUCGAAGAUUUACCAUUUGGCGGCAGAUGAAAUGACAUAGGAUUUAAUUUUAGAACAAUUCAAACAAGGUAAUAAAAAUCAUAAUGCUGGAGGCAUUCUUUUAAUAA